AUGUCUCAUCUUUUCCGCCGAGUCUCCAGGAAUCUACCAUCAUUUCCAACCCGGAGUCUCUGUUCCCGGCGCUCGAAUUUCACCACGGCGACCACACCUUACCUCCUCCUCGGCAGCGACGUCGUGGGAGACUCUCCCUGCGGCGGUAAACUCGUCAACUUUAACCUCUACGAUCCCAAGACGCAACAGCAAGUAAAGAUCGAAAACAAAACUCUACCAAAGGAGCUCAACGAAUCUAAGUGGAUAGGCUCAUCAAGAGGAUGGUUAGCUUCCAUGAACAAGAAUGACUCCACUGUCCGUCUCUCCAACCUCUCCAAGAAGAAGACGAUAUCUUUGCCUCCAUUAACCAGAGACAAGUUUGAGCAUCUUGUCAAUGUCUCCAUCUCCUCUGACUGUGAAGUAGUAGUGGCCGUCAAGUUCUACGGCUCUCGAGUCAACCUUUGUCGGCUCGGCGACUCGGAGUGGACUUGCGUCGACGUGCCUUGCCCGUCUUUCCACUCUUCUGCUGUCAUUUACUCGGAGAGAGACGAGAGAUUCUACUUGAACAACUGUAACCCUGACUACACCGGUCCAACCGAUUUCACGCCGAGAUCUAAUCCCGGUUUACUCACUCCGGUAAUUAGUGGCUACAAGAGGUUCCCCUUCUCUAACUUUCUAGAUGAGAUGCCAGAGCUUGAGAAAGAAACGUGUCUCUCACGUUACAAGAUCCAACAGCAACUAGUCCAGUCAUCCUCUGGCCAAUCCUUCAUCGUUUGUUGGUUUGUGGAAAGAUUUGAUGACAAAGGUGAAGCUGCGCCAUGGGGAGACACGAGUUACAACAACAACAAGGAAGGUCUUUGCAAGAAGACACACAAGAUCAUGGUCUUUAGGCAAGACGAAGAGCUAGGUGUUGGUCCCUACACUGAUGAUAUUGGCGAUCUCUGCAUUUUCUUGGGCGAUAAUGAAUCAUUUUGUCUCUCUGCCAAGGACUACCCUGGUCUUAACCCUAAUUCGGUUUACUUUGGCGGCCAUGGUUCCGGUUUUGGCAUCUGCGAUCUGGCUACUCGCACCAUCUCAUAUCUCUCCGACUCUCCUUCACCACCAGGUCGCAUGUUUUGGAUUCCUCCCAGCUCCGCAUAGUAGCUAGAUGAAGGCAUUUAGGUUUUUUCUUUUUCAUGGUGUUUAAAUUGAACAUCUUUCUAAUUUAUUAGGACUUCCAUGAACAUUGCUUGCUAUGCAAGCAACUACUUCAACUCCUCUGCUUUCAGGCA